ACUGCAAGGAUGUUAGUCACUGGUGAAGGUGGGUUAGCUAUAAGCACGAGCACUGAAGAGCAGGAGACAGACCUGUACAAAAAUCACUCUCCAACCGUUCCUGUGAUGGAGCAGGGUGAGCAUUCUGCAUGUACAGAUCUCGCUGUUGCUGAAAAUCAGCCGAGCAAGAUGAAUUCAGAACAUGAAAGCUCACUUCAGGAUGCCAAAAGAAAGCUCUCACCGCUUGCAUUAACUGAGCCUAAGAACCUUGACCUCAAUGAACUUCAAGACAUGGCUGUGGCAGGAUUACCUUCUGAAAGCCCUCCUGGGCCAGGUGAUGAUAUACAGUUGGCUUCUCCCCUUGAUCCUUCUCAGCAACCCUUAGCUGUUUCUGCGACGUAUGGAAAUGUUGACCCUGUGGAUGCUGCUGAGCUGACUGCAGCAAGCACUUCCAAGUCUGAUAGCUGCAAAGACGUUGAUAACCUCAUUUCUGGCGAUGUACCUUUGGCUGCAGCCCCUGGUGAUGGUGUAGAACUGCCUGCUCAAGAAACUGAAGGUUUCACAAGGGAAAAAAAGAGGAGCUCUGACUCUGAAGAAGCAUUUGAGACCCCGGAGUCCACCACACCGGUAAAGGCACCACCUUCACCUCCGCAGCCACCCCCCGAAGCGGCAGCAGCAGCAGCAGUUGUAGCAGACAUAGCAGAACAAGAAAUAAAACCCCAGCUGCCCUUGGAAGACACAGGAUUAUGUUCAGAAACUGUACCCGUAACUGAUGUGUCACACAGUGAAUCAGUUGAAGAAAGCCCUUUCCGUCCCCCUUCCCAUUCUUUUUCCACCGUCUUCGAUGAGGACAAGCCAAUAGCCAGCAGUGGAACUUACAACUUGGACUUCGAUAACAUUGAGUUGGUUGAUUCUCUCCAUGCCUUAGGACCGAGCUCUCCAGAAUCGAAGAAUCGUGAUCCCAAAGCGAAUGUUCGAAGAAAAUCUACCGAUUCAGUCCCAGUUUCCAAAUCUACAUUGUCUCGAUCUCUUAGCUUGCAAGCAAGUGAUUUUGAUGGAGCAUCUUAUCUUGGCAAUAGCGAGACAUUAGCACCGGCAGCGGAUGUGUACGGUACUGGUUCAAGUAGUGCUUCUAGUACCCUUAAGAGAACAAAGAAAUCCAGACCAGCGUCCUUAAAAAAGAAGCAGUCAGCAAAAAAACCUCUGGAUGCUCCACUGGUGAAGGAAACAACACAAGAACCAUCUGACCUUGGCCAAGCAGCCUGUGCCCCAGGUGAGGAUAAACCAGUAUCUGAAGCAAAGGCUGACUCAGUAAAGCCCGAAUGUACUGAACCUUCUAAAAUCUCUGCUGAGAAACAGGAGGCCCCGCCUGUGCCUGAAGGAUCCUACCCUUUGGAUCCAGACAGUUUUGAAGGGAUUAGUGCAUUUAGCACUGGAGGCAGCAAAGUACAAAACUCUCCCCCUGCCAAUAAGAAAACACUACCUCUUACAACGGCACCAGAGGCUGGGGAGGUGACUCCGCCUGACACUGGAGGACAAGAAGACCCUCCGGUCAAAGGCAUUGCGGUGAGGCUGGAGUUCGAUUAUUCUGAAGAAAAAGGGGUGAGUGAAGACCAGCAGGAGAGUACUCCUCCUCCCAAAAAAGCAGGUAAAAAGCCUGGUGCUAAAAUGCCACUACGGAGGCCAAAGACUAAAAAGUCAGUGGAAAAGCUUGACAAUGCCCCAACCACACCGACCAAGUCACCCACUGAUCCAAAUGAAAUCCCUAUCACAAAAGGCUCUUACACUUUUGAUAUUGACAAGUGGGAUGAUCCCAAUUUUAACCCAUUCUCAUCUAGUACAAAAAUGCAAGAAUCGCCCAAACUGCCUCAACAAACAUACAGUUUUGAGCCAGACAUGUGUGAGGACUCUAUUGACCCUUUCAAGUCGUCUUCUAAGAUAGCCAGCUCGCCCUCUAAAUCUCCAGCUUCCUUUGAGAUACCAGCCAGUGCCAAUGAAACAAACGGAACUGAAGGAGACAACUUGAAUAAACCUGCAAAGAAGAAGAAGACGCCACUAAAAACUGAUACAUUUAGGGUGAAAAAAUCACCAAAAAGAUCCCCACUAUCUGAUCCUCCUUCUCAGGAUCCCACUCCACUGCCUACUCCGGAAACACCUCCCGUCAUAUCCACGGUGGUUCAUGCGACAGAUGAGGAGAAACUGGCGUCUUCGGUGACCAGUCAGAAAUGGACCUGCAUGACUGUGGACCUGAACACAGAUAAACAGGAUUACCCGCAACCAUCUGAUCUAUCGACAUUUGUUAAUGAGACUAAAUUCAGCUCUCCUACAGAGGAAUUGGAAUAUGGCAACUCCUAUGAAAUAGAAUAUAUGGAGAAAAUAGGCUCCUCUGUGCCUCAGGAUGAUAGCACCCCGAAGAAACAAUCUUUAUACCUAAUGUUUGAUGCACAGCAUGAGAGCCCAGUCAAAUCGCCUCCCAUCAGACUGUCUGAUUCCACAACACCGUGCUCAGGAUCAAGUUUUGAAGACCCUGAAGCCCAGCAAUCCUCUGGAAUGAAAAUACAACAUCCAGCUUCCCGAGUCCUAGCUGCCAGCCAAGAGGCACACUUACAGUCACCUGACAAAUCAAAGCAGAAAGACCUAGAGCCCAUGACCCUAGGAACAACUCCAGAGGCUAUUGAAAUAACAUCUCCUGAAGACUCCUUUGUCUCUGCUGAUGCUCUUCUCAAUAGGAUAUCUAAGAAAACCUCAAUAUGUGAUCAGCCUGAAUAUCUAGAUCCUGACUUAGCAGAAAAGAACCCCCCAGUAUUUGCUCAGAAACUUCAGGAGGAGUUAGAGUUUGCUGCAAUGAGGAUAGAAGCACUGAAGUUAGCCAGGCAGAUUACCCUGUCUUCUUUCUGCUCCGAGAGAGAACCUGCUAUCCCAGCAGAUGUUUCCAUCUCUAAAAGUGCACUGUACUCCCGGAUCGGCACCUCGGAUGCAGAAAGCACCACCGGUCUUCUCUACCCCCAGCAAGACUUAGACUCUGCACUACGACUCGCCAGAGCAGAGAUUGUGGCCAAGGAAAGAGAAGUAUCUGAGUGGAAAGAGAAAUACGAAGAAAGCAGACGGGAAGUGAUGGAAAUGAGGAAAAUAGUUUCAGAAUAUGAGAAGACGAUUGCUCAGAUGAUAGAGGAUGAACAGAGAGAGAAAUCUGUCUCCCAUCACACUGUUCAGCAGCUGAUAGUGGAGAAGGAACAAGCUUUGGCAGAUCUGAACUCAGUGGAGAAGUCACUGGCAGAUCUUUUCAGGAGAUACGAAAAAAUGAAAGAAGUAUUGGAGGGGUUUCGGAAGAAUGAAGAAGUGUUAAAGAAAUGUGCGCAGGAAUAUUUAUCACGAGUAAAGAAGGAAGAGCAGAGGUAUCAAGCACUCAAAAUCCACGCUGAGGAAAAACUGGACAGAGCCAAUGCUGAAAUUGCACAAGUGAGAGGCAAGGCUCAGCAAGAGCAAGCAGCGUAUCAGGCCAGCCUUCGUAAAGAGCAGCUGAAAGUGGACGCAUUGGAAAGAACACUGGAACAAAAGAAUAAAGAGAUAGAAGAAUUAACAAAGAUUUGUGAUGAACUGAUUGCCAAAAUGGGGAAAAGCUAACUUUUAACCAAAUUUCUGGACUUCGAUAUUGAGUGCAAUAUGACCAUUGGCACACUGAUGUCCAUACAUUUAUGUGGACAGGUUAUAUUUUCACUUUUUCGUAUGCACUACUGUAUUUUCUUUCUAAAUAAAGUUGAUUUAAUUGUAUGCAGUACUAAGAUGACUAUCAGAAUUUCUUGCUAUUGUUUGCAUUUUCAUAGUAUAAUUCAUAGCAAGUUGAUCUCAAAGUUCCUGUAUCAGGGAGAUUGUCAAGUUCUCUAAGAAAUUACAAAUUGCUGAUCCUAGCCUUCCCUUUGUACAUGAGUUCCCAUGUUGGAUGUCUUUUGGAUUUAAUAUAAACAUGUAUUACUUGCAUGGGGACUCUUGCCUUAAGGAGUGUAAACUUUAUCUGCAUUUGCUGAUUUGUAAAAUAAAAUUAAAAAUGAAAAAAAAGAAAAUGCAUGUCACUUAAA